UGCGCCUGAGUGGGGAUGGGGGGUCUGGCUGUUUUCAAGGCAGGGCUGGACACAGGCAUGGGCGAACUGGGCAGCUGCCUGGGGCCUGGACAGAAAGGGGGCCCAAAAAUGCCGGCACUGUCCACGGCACUGAACAUUUUGGAGAAGUAUGGGCGCAACCUGCUGGCCGGGCAGCGGCCCCGCUUCUGGCGCAAUGUCAAGUUCAACAAUCCCGUUUUCCGCUCCGCUGUCGACGCCAUCCAGGGUGGGCGGGCCGUGCUGCGCCUCUAUGGCUAUACGGAGGAGCGGGAGGACGGGCUGAGCUUCCCUGAUGAGGAGCUGGAGCCACAAGCUGCCCGCGUGGCUGCUGUGACUGCCGAGGUCCUGCUUCUGCGCACCGAGGUCAACCUGCUCCUGGCGAACAGCCACCCGUGCCCCAAGAUCUUCCAGGAUGUGUUGGACGGUGCUAAGGAGGGGGUGCUGACCCCUGAAGUGGUGCCAAACCCGGAGCAGGGCCCUGCAGCCUCCCUGCCCCUGCCUGGUGCAGGGGGGCCGUGUGCCCGGUGUGGGGCAUCUGCACCUGACGGCUCCCCCGGCCUGUGCUCUGAGUGCCACCGCCAUGGGUCCCCGCAGAAGGACUCCCCCGCCCCUGGGGCGGGGCUUGGGGUGUCUCUGACCCUGCUGCCCUGUCUCCCCAGCCUGUCCUUGGAGCUGCCACCCGGACGCCGGGGUCCCGUCCCAGCCCCCCGCCCACCGUGGCGCUGUACAGCCUGUGGGACCCCCAACGAGGGGCUGGCAGUGCUGUGCGGGGGCUGUGAUCGGCCCCGCGCCUGCCCCCCAACCCCUGGGCCUCCCACACCCACCGCUGUCCCCAGCCCUGCCCCCAGCGCCUGGGCCUGCCGCAGCUGCACCCUGCUCAACCCCCCCGGCACUGUCCUGUGCGCCGUGUGCGAGCGCCCUCGCCUGGCUGGGCGCCCCCCCCUUGAGGCCCCUGCCACCCCCCAGGCACCGGGCUGGCAGUGUGAGCACUGCACCUUCUGGAACCAGGCGCCAGGGCGUGUGUGCGAGGUGUGUCACCGCACCAGCCAGUUGGGUGAUGCAACCCCUUGCCCACCCCCUGGGGACAAGGGACCCCGGCGUCUGGCCAAGCCCCCCCACCUCUCGCCAGAGGAGGCCGAGCGGCGGCGCCAAGACAAGCUCCGGGAGGAUGGCAUGAAGCUGGUGGCCAUGAUCCGGGAGGCAGAGAUGGCGGGUGUGUCCCCUGAGGAGGUGGAGGCAGCACGGCGGUACUCGGGGGCAGAGUGCCCACUGCCCUGGCUGCGCUCGGAGCUGCCAGCUGUGUUGGGGGCAGUGAUGGAGGCUGCGUCGGGCCAGGCCAGCUGUGAGCCAGGUGGGGGCCUGGGCGCCAUCACCCUCGGCGAGGCUCGGGAUGCCUGGGUCUGCAGCCACGGGGACGUUGACGAGGCCGUGAGCCGCUGCCUGGGCGCCCGCAGGACCAAGGUGCGGGCGCUGAGGGGCCUGGGCUUCGGGGUGGGGGAACCAGUGCUGGAGGCCUUGUACCACAACGAGGGGGACCUGUGGGGGGCCCUGCGUGAUCUGCAGCGCCCUGUGCUGGAGCCCUUCUGCCAGCGCCUCUGGGCCUCCAACGAGCCCCCCAUCGACUUCCAUGCGUCGGACCACCAGGCGGUGGUGCGGCGGGUGCUGGCAUCACAGGGGCUACCAAGCUGGGGCCGGGCAGAGCUGGUGGCGUCGCUGGCACAGGAGCUGGGCGUGGGGCCAGGGCCAGGCAGGGGCCGGGGACUGGUGCUGGGUGAUAUCGUGGAAGCUGUGCGUGCCUCGCCCGACCGUGCCUUCAUCAAGCGCCUGCUCAGCUGGGAGUGUGCUGUCUGCGGCUGGGCCUUGCCCCGCCACCAGAUGCAGUCCCUGACAUCAUGUGAGUGCACAAUCUGCCCCGAGUGCUUUGUGCAGCACUUCACCAUUGCCGUGAAGGAGAAGCACAUCACAGACCUCGUGUGCCCGGCCUGCGAUGCCCCCGACCUGCGCCACGAGCCCGAUCGCCUCGCCUAUUUCUCCACCCUUGACAUCCAGCUCCGGGAGUGCCUGGACCCCGAGACCUAUGAGCUGUUCACCAAGAAGCUGACAGAGCAGGAGCUGAUGCGGGACCCCAAGUUCCAGUGGUGCACACAUUGCUCAUUCGGGUUCAUCUACGAGUCGGAGCAGUGGGACGCCCAAUGCCCCCAGUGCCGCCAGAGCUUCUGUGUCCACUGCAAGCGCCCAUGGGAGCCGCAGCACCAGGGCCUGUCGUGUCAGGAGUUCCUGGAGUGGAAGCGCAGCAAUGACCCCCAGUACCAGGCACAGGGGCUGGCUGCCUACCUGCAAGAGCAUGGCAUCAGUGAGUGCCCCGAGGACCCCUACUCUAUGAACCCCACCAUCCAGCAGGGAGCACAGGAGAAUGGCGUGGCCUUCAACACGGACCCCCCAGCGGGGACGCGCCCAGCCCCAGGAGGUGGGUGCCGGGUGAUGGAGCAGAAGGAGACAAUAGCCGGGCUGCAGGAUGAGGCCUGUGGCAAGGAGACACCGCCUGGGCAUGCGGGGCUGUGCCAGGCGCACUACAAGGAGUACCUGGUGAGCCUGAUCAACACGCACACGCUGGACCCAGCCACCCUCUACUCGCUGCAGGAGCUGGAAGUGGCCUGUCGGCGCCACCUGUCUGGGGGGGCUCCCGCCCGCCUGCCUGCCGAGCCUGAAGCCACCUACCAUGCCCGCCUGCUGCAGAAACUGACGACGGAGUCGAAGCUGAGCCCCACCAUCCCGCGCCGGCGCCUCUGACCAGCCC